AUGGCGGAUGCAGGCAGCUCCAUGCAGCCCACCGGCCCAUUCAUCCCCAUGUUCGAGGGGUUCAGGAAAGAGCUCGAUGCACACCACGACCGGCGCGAGCGAAUCAUAAAAGCAUCUCGCGACAUCACAGCAUCGAGCAAGAAAAUAAUAUUCACCCUGCAACGUGUCCGGACAGUGGGCCAGCCCGUUCCCCCGUUCGUGCACAAGUCGAAUGCGCAGUACUGGGACACAAUCCAGAAACAGUACUCCAGCAUAGCUCAGGAUCUUCAAUCCCUUAACGCGCACCGCUACCCGCAGAUCACAGGCGGGAACCAGGAGUUCAUCGAAGCGCUGUCUUUCCAGCACUACCUGGAGCACCAAUCCCUGAUCUCCUUCGAAGAAGCCAAAGCGAAGAUCGCGGAGCUGAGUCGGGCGAAAGUUGAGGUCCCGCUCACGCCCGAAGAUUAUAUCCUCGGGAUCUGCGACAUGACGGGUGAACUGAUGCGGUUCAGCGUUACGUCGAUGGCGACGAACGGCAAGCUGCCCGCAGGCCGCGCGAAAGCCGCGCCGGUUUCCAAAGCACCUGCAGGAGAUGACUCAAUGGAUAUCGACAGCGCGCCUCCACCGCCGGAAAGCUGCCGGCCUCGGACCGUGCUAGAUGAUCUACGAGUAAUCCGCCUACAGCUCGAGAUGUUCGAGGCGCCGUACGGUCCGAAGUGGGUCAGCGAGCUGGAGACGAAGAAGAUGCCUGUGCUGAGGGAGUGUGUGGACAAGGUGGAGAAGGCUUUGUAUGGGCUUACGGUGCGGGGGAGUGAGAGGCCGAAGGGGUGGAUGCCAGACGUCAGCAGCGAUAGACGGGCGGAGGUGGAGAGCUACUAG